UCGUUAUUAGAAAUGUCAAAGCCAACAUUAGUUGGGUGAGCCAAACUUAAUUAAUUGAGAAGCACUAACCAAAUAAAUCUUCAUGAAGCCGUGUUCCCGGAAUACUAGAGUUUUGAACUGACGUCUAAUAUCAAAACACUGAUCCUUAACAUGUACUCUAUCAAAAUGAUCUCGAAGUCUCGAUAUCCUAAGUACACUUUGCUUGUUUUUUAGAUGUGCGAAUUCCAACUCGGUUGACGACUACUAGGAGAGUACACGGGCUCACAGUUGUGCCGCGAGUAUCUGACUGAUUUUAUCUUGACAAAGUCCGUUGCGAUCCCCAUAUUCCCAUCCGAUUUUCCCGUCGAGCCCUGCAGAAAUCUUUCAACAGAAACAGCGAACUAGUAGUAGAUGUCAUCAGGGAAAAGAAAAUGAAAAAAAGAACAAAAAAAAAAAACAGAACGAAGACAGCGGCAUGCAUCGCAGCAUAGGCCGGUCAAGAAGACGAUGGCCCUGACGAGGCGCCUCCUCAUCGAUCUCUCGUCAAGACGCCGCCUUUUCAACGCCGGCAAAUUCUCCACCACGCACAAGAAGAAACCAGUGCUCCAUGAAGGGAGGGAGCAGGGGUGUUGUUGAAAUGGAGCAGCAGCUCGUUUCUUUGAUUUGAUCUUUGGCAGUAAGUAAUUCGGGGUUUGAAUUUAUUAUUUUUGUUUUGGGCGAAUUUCAUUCCAGCGGUGAGUUUGGCUGGAUUCUUGCGCUGCUCGCGCGCGCUGGUGUCGUGGAUGGUGGCGGAGAGGAAGAUGCAGCCAUCGCCGGCGGCGCCGCCGGCGGCGGAGCACCGGAGGCGGGCGCUGCUGCGCUACGUGGUGUUCCUCGCGGUCUCCCUCCUCGCCUUCUCCUGCUGGGCUCUCGUCAGCUCGCGGAUCGACGGCGCCGUCCUCGCGGCGACCGCCGGCGGCGAGCAUGACGACCACGAUGGCAUUAUUGUUAGAAGCAGCACCCAAGCGGAGAUGCCAGCGAGAGGCGGGAACGCGACGUCGCGCGGCGCCGUCGAGGUGGGUGUGGGUACUCCGGCGGCGAUGAUCACCCGGCAGCCGUCGUCGGGAGAGACGACGACGACGGCGGCGUUGGCGGCGACGUGCGACGCGGAGAGCGCGCUGCUGAGGGUGUACCUCUACGACCUCCCGCCGGAGUUCCACUUCGGCAUGCUGGGGUGGGACGGCAAGGCGGCCGGCGCGGCGUGGCCGGACGUGGCCGGCGACCCGCGCGCCGUGCCGCGCUACCCGGGCGGCCUGAACCUGCAGCACAGCGUCGAGUACUGGCUCACCCUGGACAUCCUCUCCUCCACCACCUCCGGCGACCACCGCCGCCGCCGUCCGUGCACCGCCGUGAGGGUGACGAACGCGAGCCUUGCCGACGUGUUCCUGGUGCCGUUCUUCGCGUCGCUGAGCUACAACCGGCAGUCGAAGUCGCCGCACGGCGGCCAUGGGAGUGGCGGCCGGAGCGACAGGCAGCUGCAGGGCGAGCUGGUGAGGUACCUGGCGAGGCGGGAGGAGUGGCGGCGGUGGGGCGGCGCGGACCACCUCGUCGUGCCGCACCACCCGAACAGCAUGAUGGACGCCCGGCGGCGGCUCAGCGCCGCCAUGUUCGUCCUCUCCGACUUCGGCAGGUACCCGCCGGACGUCGCCAACCUGAGGAAGGACGUGAUCGCGCCGUACAAGCACGUCGUCCCCUCCCUCGGCGACGGCGACUCGCCGGGGUUCGAGCAGCGCCCCGUCCUCGCUUACUUCCAGGGCGCCAUUCAUAGGAAAAAUGGUGGAAGGGUUCGUCAGAGGCUGUACCAGCUGAUCAAGGACGAGAAGGACGUCCACUUCACCUACGGCAGCGUCCGUCAGAACGGCAUCAGGCGCGCCACCAAGGGGAUGGCCUCCUCCAAGUUCUGCCUCAACAUCGCCGGCGACACCCCCUCCUCCAACCGCCUCUUCGACGCCAUCGUCAGCCACUGCGUCCCCGUGAUCAUCAGCGACGACAUCGAGCUCCCCUUCGAGGACGUCCUCGACUACUCCGCCUUCUGCGUGUUCGUCCGCGCCUCCGACGCCGUCAAGAGGGGCUUCCUGCUGCAUCUCCUCAGGGGGAUCUCCCAGGAAGAAUGGACGGCAAUGUGGAGGAGGCUGAAGGAGGUUGCACACCACUUCGAGUACCAGUACCCUUCGCAGCCUGGUGACGCUGUUCAGAUGAUCUGGGGAGCUGUAGCUCGGAAGAUGCAUUUGGUGAAGCUGCAACUUCACAAGCGUGGUAGAUAUCAGAGGACAUUUUCUGAAUCAUAAAAGGUUAGGGUAGCAAAGCAUGGAGGAGAUUCAGAGCUAUAGGUUGCAGUUUUUGAUCAAUAAUUUUCAUGUGGCUGGUAAAGUUCUAUGGUCAUUUUGCAAUCUAAGUUGCAAGGACUAUGUGCAGCCAGUCUUUGUCCAAGAGGUAAUUAUUAGACAGUUAGUUAUAAAUUAUAUUAUUCUUAUUAGUUCUUUUAUCCCCAAAGAAAGAAAUAAUGAUUUGAGGAAA